AUGAUUUCUAUUCCUUUGCCUACCACUGCCAGAUUGUCCCAUCUUUGUGAUGACCCAAUCUACAAGGAAGAAGUGCCCUAUGAGAUCUGGGCCGACAACGUGCCCAAGGAUAUUGAGCGAACAAAUGUAAAGCUCAAUAUUGUGCCAGACUGCCCUCUUACUGAUAUCAGAGGCCUUGAUGACGAGGACAAACCGCAGCUCGAAACAUGCGGGUUCCAGUGGUUUCAUCAGGACUUUCCGUACCAUACUGGCUUGCAUGGCGCUGACGAUGUAAAUACUACGACCCAAGCACAGAGCAACACUCUGGACGGGUACCUGACCACCAUGUCUGACUUUCUUUCCGAAAGACUGGGAUGUGAGAAGGUAGUGUGCUGGGACUGGCGAGUCAGGCGUUCAAAAUUGACGGCCCCAAGGACGAGACCUAAUAUUUACAGCUUGGAGCAUGUCGAUGCCACUGACCUCAGAACAACAAAAAUCAACAGCUCUCAUAUCAUUCAUGCGGAUGGCUCGCCGGAAUGGAUGCAAAAGGUUAUUGCUAAGGUGACUACACAAGACGAACAAAUGUGGGCGAAGGGUGGCAAGUAUAGGACGCGAGUACUUACUGUUUGGCGCCCCCUUGUAGACGUUGUGCAGACUGAUCCGUUGGUGUGCUGCGACGUGCGUACAGUCGAUGAGUCCGAUUUAGAUAUCGUUCAGAAAGUCAUGGAUAACACAGUGGAAGAAAGCAUGUAUCUUAAAAGACGGGAGCAACACCAAUGGUAUUGGAUGAGCGAUCAGACCCGCGACGAUGUCCUUGUCAUGACCGUAUGGGAUUCGAGAAGGCCUCUCAGUAAGAGCGUGGCAGUCCCUCACUGUGCCAUGGUCCUCUCACAGCAUGUACCGGAUGCCAAACCUCGCGAGAGCAUAGAACUUAGAUUCGUGGUAUGGAACGCGGAGUAA